AUGAACAUCGCUUGUCAAGUUGUGGGCCGGUACGUGAUGUAUUACAACACGAGAGAGGGAAACCUGACCCAGAAGCUCACUUAUUCAAAGGAAGCAUACAUUGAACUGUGUGAAGUCGAAGUGUUUGGCUGCCCCGAACUUGGCUUCAAAGGACCGUAUUGUGACGAACCUUGUCCAAAUAAUUGUCAAUACUGUAACCCCAAAACUGGGGAAUGUAUUGGAGCCUGCAACCCAGGAUACUAUGGUGAACAGUGCAAAUUCUACGAUCGGGGAAAUCUAGCCCUACAUAAACCGACAUUCCAGUCCUCCACAUUUUUUAGUACUACCGGAAGUAAGGCUGCUGUUGAUGGUCAAAAGAAUGACCUGAGUUUGUAUUCGGGUCAUUGCGCUGUGACCUCUGAGCAUCAAAACUACGCUCUCUGGAGAGUUGACCUCCUGCAAAGGCGUAAAAUUGAAAGGCUUACCUUACAAGCUUUGACUUCUGUUUCCAAAUGGGAUGAGAAAAAUAAUUAUACAGGACUUCUGCUGGGCUUUACAUUAGCAGUUUCUAACUCCACCAAUCAAAACGACGGCGUCAUCUGCUACAAAGACACAAACCAUACAAGGUCAACUAUACUUCCCUCAUUCGAAAUAAGCUGCCCUGUGAUUGGUCAAUAUGUCUCGUAUUACAAUGAAAGACUCCCGGACAUUAGCUACCCAGCUGGUUACAGUCAAUACGCCCAGUCAGCUCUGUGUGAAGUCGAAGUGUAUGGUUGUCCAAUUCCUGGAUUUGACGGUCCGCAUUGUGCUGUCCCUUGCUUCUCUAGCUGCAAAAAUCAUCUAGAAAAUCUAGCUCUCUGGAAACCAACAUAUCAGUCUUCCACGCGAUCUGGCGCUUCCGGUUCAGAGAAGGCAGUUGAUAACCGGAAAUCUGAUCGGACGUUUCGCGGUGGUCAAUGUUCAGCAACUUUACCGGAUACUAAAGCAAUUUGGCGAGUUGAUCUGAAAGAUAUAUAUCGGUUAGAUCGCAUUGUGAUAUAUUUUAGGACAGAGAACAAGACAUGGGAUGAACACAACCCUCAUAGAGCUGUGCCCCUUGGGUUCUACCUCUACAUCUCUAACACAACCGAUAUAACGACCGCUGUCCGAUGUUAUCACGCUAAUUAUUACACAAUCUACGAUCUUCCGGAUGUUAUGCACAUUCUCUGCGCAUUGUCCGGACGUUACAUCAUAUACUACAACGAACGGAAAGAAGGAUAUGUCUAUCCUGCAAACUAUUCCCAGUAUGCAUUUGCUAAUUUGUGUGAAGUGGAAGUCUAUGGCUGUCCUGCCCCUGUAGAAGAUGGACCAAGGUGUACUCGUCCCUGCCCAACUAACUGUGAACAGUGUUACCCACAUACUGGGGUCUGUCAAAAAUGCAAACAUGGCUACCAAGGGACUGAAUGUGAACCUGACAAAAUGGAAAAGACUGAGUAUGAUCAAGAUGUUGUGGGCCCUUUUCAUGGUCGCAUAUAUGCACGUACCAACUAUGGCUCUGUAACCCAAGCUAUCCGUAUUAAAGUACGAUAUAGGAAUUCGUUCACCAUAUCCAAUCUCAAACUUCCUCUGAAGACGUGUAGAAAUGUUACAACGCACACAUAAACCAGGCGGGAAGACCGGAGAAAAACAAAUAACUAACAUAAUAUGUUUAAUGCGUUUACAGAUUUACAACAAAUUUGUGUAAAUGUAUCUAUUAAGCUAUUUUUGUUCUUUUACGUUUCUGAUACACAAUCUGCCCGACAUGAAUUCUAUACAAAGUCUUCAUUGUGUGUACAUUUUUAUCAUUUUAAUUGUUUGUACAUUUUUUUUUAUUUCUACAGUAAUAUAAGUGCCUAACUUUACUCUUAAACUUAAACGUUUAAGAGCUUAAUGAACUUGUAUGAAUAUUCUAUAAAACUUAAUCAUCUUAUUGGUCUAGAACGUCAUCUGACAUG